UUAAAACUCUCACUUGAUUUCUUUUGUUUUCCUUAACAUAAUUCAAAUCCGUUAGAAAAGUCGUUCUGCUCUAAAUAUAGAGGAAUGAGGUAACGAUAAUUUGUUGCAACUUUUUUUUGCCACAAACGUGUCCUCAGUUUUCGCAAAACACAACGGUCUUUUCUCCUCCUCUGAUUAAUCAUCUCUUUUAAUUUUCUUUGAGUUGUUUUGAGGUGAGGCUCUCACAAUUACCCGAUUAAAAAUAAAGAAAGAAGGAUUUUAUCUUUUGAGAUACAUGGUUGGAAUGUAUUCAAUCUCUUUGUCUUUCCUCUUCAUCACUCGUUAACCUGGAUUGGGUUCCUCUACAUUCAGCUAUGCAUUCACCAUUCUCUUGAACAUGGCAUCAUCACAAGUUGAAAUUGCUUCGUCUUCGCCCUUUGGUUUGGUUCUGAGGGACCGUAACCACCGUGGCGAUGGAUGCAGAGAAAGCAAUGUUGUUAAUAAGGCCACACAUGCUGCUCUUCAAAGGAACAUCAAGAACUUCGUCAUGGACCACCUUAACAUGUCCAUGUCCAUGUCCAACUCUGAUUCAACAAGAAAUCUCAACGAGAACAAUUCCGCCCAUUGGAACGAAAUUCAUCAUAAUCAAGAUCAUGACCAUGACAACCAACAUCGCCGCCACCACCGGCGCCACCGCAACGUGUCGAAUCUUCAUGUCUCAAGUGCCAUGGAGUUCAAGGAUGGAUCCUCAUUGAACUCUUUGAUUAGCCCGAGACAAACCCGGCUUCUUGAUCGCUGGGCCGCGAAACAAGCCCGGGAGAUUGUUUCAAAUUUAGAGAGUGAGGCUGGGUUGUUGUCAAUCGAUAAUAACAAGAAAGAACUUGGAAGCACAGGUAGUUGCAACUCUGAUGGUGAUGAUAACAAGUGUGUAGAUAUCUCGAACCUUGCUGCUUCUUCACUUGUUCAGAUAUGGGAGAAGAGGCUCAGUGGAUCCAAGCCUGAAACGACGGCGUCUAAUGGCGCCAAAACUAGUCCCACUGCUGUUACUUCCACCAAUAAUUGUGAUUCCGAGGCAGGGGAAUCUUCUUCCUGCGCCGUGGCGAACGAGGACUGGGAAACACACAGUGAUCAGUCCUUUUCGCCACAGUCGCGGUGGUCGUCUUGCGAGACUGCAACAACAGAGGCAGAAAGGCCGGUUUCUGUUGCAGACAUAAUCAAGAGGCUAACUACACCAAGUGUCCAUGGCGAUGACAAUGAAUCUGAGGGGUUUAUUAGCAGCGUGGCAAGCUCUCCUUGCAGAGAUUUGGCACCGGAGAAUUCUGAGAGGAGGGCUUUUCCCCUCAUGAUUGGUGCCCCGGGAAGGAUUCGAGGCCGCCGGAUUUUCACCGAUAUGCUUAUGCAGCUGGAGAGGGACCGCCGAGGGGAGCUUAACCACCUGGCAGAACGCCGAGCCGUGUCGAGGUUCCCUCAAAAAGGACGAAUUCAGUCAUUGCUUCGAUUAAGAUUGUUGCAGCGGAAUGCAGCGGCUGAGAAUGAUAAAUCUCAACAGAAAUCAACAUUAUCUAGACAGAAUAAACAGACACAAGAAUCUGCUGUUGUUAUGGAACGAAGGGGGAAAUUUAGCACCGCAGUUGAACACAGAAAUGCGGAACAGGCAGAAGUAGCUCAUCCAACAACGUCACUGGUACAGACAGUUACAAAUCCUGUAGCGUCGGAUAAGUCUGCUGGCAAAGACACUUGCAACCAGACUGUUGUUCAUGAGACUGCUAAUAGCUCUGGAGAAUCCACGCGAGUAUCAAUCCCUGAGACUAAUGCAGACCACAAUAAAGAGAAAGCACAUGCAAGUUCACAUGUGACACUGCAAGAAACAUGUGCAGAGGUUCAAAAUAAUGAUUCGCUUGAUACUGCCAAGGCACCAGCAUCGAUGGCUGAUGAUUCGGGCCAUAAUGAGAUUGCAAACGGGGCUGAGUCAAGCGAACAACAGCAUGCUGUAGAAGGGAGAGAUGCAACAGAUCAACACAUUGAUGAAUACAAAGAGAUGCUUGCCACUUCUCAAAAUGAGGAUAUACGUAUUCUCCUUGAAAGAAAAACAGUCUCGACUUUCCUUUCCAGCAGCUUCCGGGCAGUGAUAGAUAGAUUGAUGAACUCCCAUAAGGGAACACAGACGCAACUAGUCAAUUGCCAAGAUGAUGAGGACGAAAACCAAAUUCUGAUGGCGUAUCUACAAGAACGCAUGCGUUCUGCAAAAUCUCCUCAAGAAGACAAACAAGAGGGAGGAGGGGAGGAGGAAAAGCGAGACGAGAUGCAAAAUGCUGGACAAGAAGAGGAGCAGAGGCAGGAGCAGGAGCGGUGUCAUGAAGAUGUUGAGUAUUUUCAACAAUCCUCAUCACCAUGCCCUUCAAGAACAUGGAAUUAUAAAGACAAUGAAACCUGUGAUGAUUCUGAUGGAGUAGUAUUUGCAUGUGCAUCUGCAUCUACAUAUUCUCCUUCACAUUCACAACCCUCUCAGUUUCAAUCUGCCUAUCAUGAUAAUAGGCGAAGUUCUUCACCGCCUAAUCAUCAUUCAAUGGAAAUGGAACUCAUCUAUGAUUUGAGAAGACAAAUGGAGCAACUUCAUCAUGAGAUGUCUGAGCUAAGGAAAUCGAUUAAGAGCUGCGUGGAUAUGCAGAUUCAGAUGCAAUUACAACAGCAAUCCAUGGUUCAAACAGUUAACAAAGAAGAAAACAUGACGCAGAAGAAGGUACCAAAAAAAGGCAAUUGCUGUAUAUGCCAUGAUAAUAAAGCUGACUCAAUUUUAUACAGGUGUGGGCACAUGUGUGCGUGUCUAAAGUGUGCCAAUGAGCUGCAAUGGAAUGGUGGAAAGUGUCCAAUUUGUCGAGCCAAAAUAUUAGAUGUUGUUCGAGUAUACAUUGAUGCUUAGUCGCAAGCAAAUACACAUACUCUAGAAGAGGAUAACAAUAAUACCCUUAGUCCUUGAAGCUUGGUGAAUUAGCCAAGCCUAUAUGAGUAAUAUAACACAUAACAUAACCGUCAUACAUCGCUUUCUCCUUUAGCCAUAUACUUUAUGUAGUUAAGUAUAUGUUUUUUGGAGGAGAAGAAUGUGCGUGACAACCUCGUUGUACAUUUGGUAGUCUUUUCUUAAUCUAACAUCAUUUCUACCCGCCAUGGGUUUGACUUGUCAGUGCAAAAUAAGAAAAAAAUGCUAGUAUUUUGAUAAUUUAUAUCUGGAUUAUUUUAGUUA